UGAAAUGGGUGGCCCGUCAUUAAACAGCGACUCCCUCUCAUCACUGAAACCAUCAAAACCCUACAAGAACAGGGACACCAGAAAAAAACGAAUUCGAAGAGAAGGAAAGAAAGAAAUGCAAUCUCUAUCUCCCCUUCGAAGCGCGCUUGGUUCUAUUUCUGCUUCACUUCCUCGUGGAACUUUCAGCUCCAUCUCCAGACACGCCGCCCCUCCAGGCUGUUUAGAGAGACUUGGAGGUAGUUUUUGGUCUAUUCAUGAUGUUGCCAGAGGAGAAAAUGCGAGACACGCAUCAUGGCAUUCUGGACAUUUUGGGAUGAGUUUUGGUUUGUUGACUUCCAAGGAAGAUGUUACCGUUCCAUAUGCUUUGAGUUUUCAAAGUUUCAUCCACUCCAUGGGUCAUAAAGACUUUGAAACAGGGAGAGAUUCCAACCCCGAAGACUUUGCUGCAGGUCGGGAAGACUUUGAGAUGGAGAGAAGUUCCAUGCAGAAUUCUAACCUUGAGAUGGAGAGAAAUCCCAGGUCUAUGAACUUCUCUGCAGGUCGGAGAGACUUUGAGAUGGGGAGAAGUUCCAUGCAGAAUUCCAACCUUGAGAUGGGGAGAAAUCCCAGGUCUAUGAACUUCUCUGCUGGUCAGAGAGACUUUGAAAUGGAGAGAGGUCCCCGGCCUGACUUCUAUGCAGGUGGGAGAAAUUCCAGGCCAAUGGACUUUGUGAGAGGAGUAAUAGAGCAAGAGGGUUCCCGAUUUCCUCAGUACCAUGUUGAGCUGAAUGAUGAUUUUGUGUUCAUGAAGCUAAAACGUAACAAUACCUUUGUUGCAGUGACAGAUUCUAAGGGAAAUAAAAAGAAAAAUGCUUCGAUGACAGCAGGAUGGUUGCAAAAACUGCAAGGGGGAGCAAAACUCUCUCGGUAUGCUGCUGAAGCAACUGCAGAACAUGUUGGGCAAGCGGCAAGACAGCUGGGGUUGAAAUCAUUUGUGAUGAGGGUGAAUGGUUUCACGUACUUUAAGAAGAAAAGGCUAGCCAUCACCAGCUUUGCAGAAGGUUAUGGUAAGGGUGGUCUAAGUCCUAUCAAACAUAUAGAAGAUAAUACUCGGCGUCCGCAUAAUGGAUGCCGCCUCCCAAGGAAGCGCCGAAUUUAGAUAACAGCAUGCUAGUUAUGUUGAAUUGACCCCAGGAUAGAACUUUUUGGUUUGGCGGUCAGUAAGAAGUUCACUGCAAGCAAUCAUGAUAGUGGAUACUGGUACCUAUUCUGUUUGA